GCUGCUGCCACCAUUAUAAAUCCUCACCCCAACCCCUUGGGGAUGGAAGCAUUGUGAGCAGCUUUCCACAUCUGCUUUAGACAUGGCUGGAAUGAGCUUUUCUUGUGCAGCUGCUUCAUCACCUGUGCAUUCUGUCAAAGGGAAGGCCUGUAGAUGGAGGAGACACAUUUCGGCAUGUCAUCUUACUGCUAACUCACACCCCUUUAAGAGCCUCCAUGGCUGCUUUGCAUCUCCCUCCUCACUCCAAGAUCAUCAGGUUCAUUCAGAAGCUGAUUACUCUGCUGGAAAGAUCGAAGAACUGAAGAUACGUGUAGGAUUUACAUUAAGAACUGACAUCCACUCGACGCGCUCCAUGGUACUAGUCGACACGAUCCAACGCCUGGGAAUCAGCCAUCAGUUUGAGGAUGAACUCGAGCUAAUCCUGGAUCGAAACCCCAGUGCUGCACAAGGUGAUGAAGAUGAUCUCUUUAGCACUGCCCUCCGAUUUAGAUUACUCAGGCAAAGAGGCUACAACGUGGAUACCGUUGUCUUCCACAAGUUCAUGGAUAGGAAAGGCCACUUCAAGGAGUCUCUGAGCAAAGACUUAGCAGGUCUUCUGAGCCUGCAUGAAGCGUCUUACCUGGGUGUGAGAGAUGAAGAGGUGCUAUCGCAAGCCAUGGGUUUCAGCGAGGAACACCUUCGGAGAUCAAUGCUCAAUUUGCGCCCUGUUAGAGCUAGAGAAGUUAACCUGGCCUUGGAAUUCCCCAGGCAAAGGAGGAUGGUGCGAUCCGAAGCCAGGAGUUACAUCGGCAAGUAUGCGCAAGAAAGCGGUAGGAUUUCGGAUGUGUUGCAGCUCGCAACCCUAGAUUUCAAUCUGGUGCAGUCACAGCUCCGGAUCGAGAUUGCAGUUCUAAGAAGCUGGUGGAAGGAGUUGGGUCUCGCAGAGAAGCUCAGCUUCGCGCGAGAUCGGCCGCUGGAAUGCUUCCUGUGGACGGUGGGCCUGUUCCCGGAGCCACGGUUCUCGCAGUGCCGGAUCGAGAUAGCGAAGACGAUCGCGAUCUUGCUCGUCAUCGACGACGUAUACGACAUCCAAGGAUCACUGGAUGAGCUCAUUCUCUUCACGGACGCUGUUCGUAGAUGGGGAGUCGAGGCGAUGGAGGAUCUGCCGGAGUACAUGAAGAUAUGCUACAUGGCGCUGUACAACACCACCAACGAGAUCGGUUACAGGGUCCUCAAAGAGCACGGCAGGUGCAUCAUCCGGGAGCUGAGGAAGACGUGGGUGGACUUGUGCGAGGGCUUUCUCGUGGAAGCGCGGUGGUUCAGUGGCGGAGUGGUGCCGGAGAUGGAGGAGUACGUGGGGAAUGGGGUCUCUACAGCAGGGACGUACAUGGCAUUUGUGCAUGCUUUUUAUCUGAUAGGAAGCGGAGUCAACAAGCAGAGUUCGGAUGUGGUCAACUCCUGCCCAAAGCUGUUCACCAGUGCUGGAAGAAUUCUGAGACUAUGGGAUGAUCUGGGAACAGCCAAGGUGGAGCAGGAAAGAGGGGACGUGGCGUCCAGCAUCGACUGCUACAUGAAGGAAGGCGACGGCGCUUCGGAGGCGGAAUCGAGGCUUCACGUCAGAAGCCUCAUACACAGCUCGUGGUUGGACCUCAACGGCGAGGCUUUCGCCGCCACCUCGUUGCCGCGCUCCACCGUCGACGCGGCCUUAAACCUUGCUAGAGCCGCACAGGCCAUGUACCAACACGGGGACGACGGCCGGCUCCCCAGCGUCGACCAGCACAUCCACUCGCUUCUCAUGGAGCCCAUUCCUGAAGACAACCACAUCUCAGAGGAAGCUCGUGUUGGUAGGACCUCAGAGUUCACGGUCCAUGAAUGAGAAAGAGUUGUUGAGAAUUGGUGUUAUCUUAGAUAUCAUAUUUUAGAUAGUUUUAGGCAAGUGAUUUAUGAUGUAAUAAGUUAUUGUUAUGGUAUAGUUUCUGUAUGUAACUUUAAUUAUGUGUAACAUGAGGUGAUGAGAUAAUUAUCAUUAGGU